GAAAAAUUGAAGAGGGAAAGGGAACGCUGGGAAUGGCGGAACUAGAAAGGGCCGGAUGAGUGCUUUGCAUGUUUGAAAGCCUUAGGUAAAAACAAUUUUGAAUGGAGUGUAAUAGGAAAGUGGUAAAGUGCACGGGACAAAGAGGAAAGCUCUCUUUAAAGCAAUAAUCGGAUGAAAAAAAAAGAAUAAAAAUUGUUUGGGGAUUUGGAGUUGUAUUUCGUGAAUUUUCGAAUUUGGACAAACCGCAAAAAUUUAAAUUAGAAUUUAUUUCAGUCUCAAUUUCUCCAAACUUCGAUUUUAAUCGUCAUGGAGAAAGAGUCUCCUGAAAUUAUUGCUUUUGUGAUUUAUUGUUUUGUUUCAUCUAUAUCACCGCAUUCUUGAUCGAUAUCUUCUGAAAGUUUACCUAAACUCAAUUUUGAAAUUUUUUAAGCCUUGAAAAUCUUUACUCAAUUUUUUAGAGUAAUUGACAAAUAACAAAGCUUGACACUUUGACAUUUUCCAAAAUUAAGUUAACAAAAUAAUUCGCGUUAAUAUUUAGUUCAAAUUCAUUUGGCGUCACUUAUCGAUUUUCAUUAGUUUUCGGAGAUUUGCAUUUUCUUGUUAUGUUUAAUGGUUUUUUGUGUUGUUCACCUUUUUCAACAGAUUUGAUUGAUUUUUAUGUCUUGUGUAAUACAUAUGUAUAUACAUUUUAUGAUUUUAACAUUAGCGCUCUCUAACUAUUUAAUGAAUCUCCUAAUCUUCUAAACUUUUCUAAUUUUUCAGCAAUCAUUUUAAAAAACUUUUAAAAAUGUCUAAAGCAAACGCUGUCAGUAUCGAUCUUGGAACAACUUAUUCGUGCGUCGGUGUAUUCCAGCAUGGAAAAGUUGAAAUCAUUGCUAACGAUCAAGGAAAUCGCACGACUCCAUUUUAUGUGGCCUUCACGUACACCGAACGUCUGAUUGGCGGCGCUGCUAAAAAUCAAGUGGCAAUGAAUCCGUCGAACACUGUUUUUGACGCCAACCGCUUGAUUGGACGCAAGUUUGACGAUCCAGCCGUUCAAUCCGACAUGAAGCAUUGGCCGUUCAAGGUUAUUCAACGAGAAGGUGCUCGUCCAAAAAUCCAAGUGGAGGUUAAAGGAGAAAUGAAGACGUUCUUCCCUGAGGAAACAGCCGAAGCAUUUUUGGGACAAACCGUGAAAGAUGCUGUCAUCACUGUGCCUGCAUACUUCAACGACAGUCAACGCCAAGCCACAAAGGAUGCUGGAACGAUUUCUGGACUUAAUGUUUUGCGUAUCAUCAACGAGCCAACUGCUGCGGCCAUUGCUUAUGGUUUGGAUAAGAAGGGCCAAGGCGAGCGAAAUGUUUUGAUUUUUGACUUGGGCGGUGGAACGUUUGAUGUGUCAAUCUUGACUAUUGAAGAUGGCAUUUUUGAGGUCAAGUCGACUGCUGGAGACACCCACCUUGGAGGCGAAGAUUUCGACAAUCGAAUGGUCAACCACUUCGUUGCUGAAUUCAAACGUAAGCACAAGAAGGAUCUUGCCACCAAUCCGCGUGCUCUCCGUCGUAUUCGUACUGCUUGUGAACGCGCUAAGAGGACUUUGUCUAGCUCUACUCAAGCGAGCAUUGAGAUUGACUCUCUCUUUGAUGGAAUCGACUUCUACACCAACAUCACGCGUGCACGUUUUGAAGAGCUUUGCGCCGAUUUGUUCCGCAGUACUAUGGAUCCAGUCGAGAAAUCAAUUCGUGAUGCUAAUGUAAGAUGGACAAGUCUCAGAUUCAUGACAUUGUUUUGGUUGGAGGAUCGACUAGAAUCCCAAAAGUCCAGAAGCUGUUGUCUGACUUCUUUUCUGGUAAAGAACUUAACAAGAGCAUCAACCACGACGAGGCUGUCGCCUAUGGAGCUGCUGUUCAGGCUGCAAUUUUGUCUGGCGAUAAGUCUGAGAAUGUUCAGGAUCUUCUUCUUUUGGACGUUGCCCCACUCAUUGGGUAUUGAAACUGCUGGUGGCGUCAUGACUCCGUUAAUCAAGAGAAACACGACUAUUCCCACCAAGACUUCUCAAACGUUCACUACUUACUCUGACAACCAGCCUGGUGUUCUUAUUCAGGUCUAUGAAGGUGAACGUGCUAUGACUAAGGACAACAACUUGUUGGGCAAAUUCGAGUUGAGUGGAAUUCCUCCUGCUCCUCGUGGUGUUCCUCAAAUCGAAGUCGCAUUUGACAUUAACGCCAACGGAAUUUUGAAUGUUUUUGCCCAAGACAAGUCUACUGGAAAGCAAAACAAGAUCACCAUCACUAACGACAAGGGACGUCUUUCCAAAGAUGAGAUUGAGCGCAUGGUCCAAGAAGCUGAGAAAUAUCGUGGAGAGGAUGAAAUUCAGCGUGAUCGUGUUUCUGCAAAGAACGGACUUCAGUCUUACUGCUUUAACAUCAAGCAGACAAUGGAGGAUGAUAAGGUUUGAUUUUGAGGGGAUAAUGCUUGGGUUGGGUGUCUUUGGGUGUGGGCUUUUGAUGGGUUGUCCUUGGUGGAAGGACUGAGGAUCGGAAUGCGCGGUCUUGUGUGGCGAUGAUCUGGGGAAAGGGGAGGGGCUGUCUUAAGGGGAAAGAGCUUGGGCCAGAAAUCAGAUGUUUUGUUGUGAGAUGGAUAGGUUGUCUUCCGCCUUCCUUUAUUGACCCUUCCACUUUUAAAAAUCCACUUUCUUGGUUCACUUUCUUGUAAGGGACUUGUU